GUUAUCUCCGAGCUGACAAAUUACAGAAGGCCGACAGCGGAAUUUAACCUGCCAGAAUCAUCCAUUGUUAGUUUGGUUAAGCGCUGGCUUUGACUUAAAAAGGGCCCUCUUCUUUUCUUCUCUCCCCUCUUUUACGUUCCUCCAUGUUGCCCCGCGUUGUGUCAAGUGCAGGAUCUUGGAAAGCUGCAUCUCGUCUCGCCCAACUUUCAUCCGCGUUCAAAGCAUCCCCGAGCUCCUUCUAUUCGACAAUGUCCUCUAACAUUACUCUUUACACUUGGCCGACGCCCAAUGGUGUGAAGGCUUCCAUUACCCUCGAGGAAUUGAGUCUACCAUACAAAACCGAAGGCAUCAACAUCAGCACCAAUGUUCAGAAAGAAGACUGGUUCCUAAAGAUUAACCCCAAUGGCCGUAUUCCCGCAAUCCUCGAUGGAAACCAACGCGUCUUCGAAAGCGGUGCCAUUAUGCUCUACCUGACAGACAAGUAUGACAAAGAAAGGAAGAUCAGUUACGCGCCUGGAUCAUCUGAAUAUGUGGAGGAGCUGUCUUGGCUUAUGUUCCAAAUGGGUGGUGUUGGACCCAUGCAGGGCCAAGCCAACCAUUUCCGGCUCUUCGCCGGAGCCCGCUCCGACUACGGCAUUAACCGCUAUAUAAGUGAGACGAAGCGUUUGUACGAAGUCCUUGAGUCUCGCCUAAAGGAGAGCCCUUACCUGGCGGGUUCGAAAUACACUAUUGCGGAUAUCGCCAAUUACUCAUGGGUCCGAAGCGCACCAGUUGCUCUGGAAAUCGACCUAGCAGAAUGGCCCACAUUGAAGAAGUGGAAGGAAGAGAUUGAGAAGCGGGAUGCUGUUCAGAAAGGAGUUGAUGUCCCCAAGAGAGAUAUCACGCCCGAACAGAUGGCGGACAACUUUAAGAACGCUCGUGCGAGGAUUGAUGGAAUGGCAAACUCGGACCAGCAUUGAUUUGAGAGCUUGUUCGUGUAGAUAGUAUUUUGAGAUAUUAAAUAUGAAGCAAUCCGGUCUUAAUUAAGAGCAAAUGAGCAGUCCCUGAAAACGGCAUAAAAAGUCAUCAAUCAAUAGCAACGUUGGAUGGCCUGUCAUUGUAUGUAUGACAUAAUUGUUUAGGAACCAUUGAUAGGGAUUUAUUGAACCAUGGUUGUCCUGAUAGUGCCAGCUGACAUUCUCAACGCUUCAUUCUUUCGGUCAUAGAAAAUUCUUUCAAAA